CCAUCAUCUACGCUUCUUAACCAACUAACGGCUAAGCCUCGUGCAAUGCCAUUUGAGUAUCAAAGACGAUGGUCCUCCCUAGCCUUCUGUGGGCUGGAUGGCUGCGUUUCCCCAGUCGUCUUCGCCUAGCGUCUUACGGGGCUCUGGGGUGCUACUGUGCCCUGUGCAAGGACUCGCUGCUCCGUAGAACCUCCCUUCGGCUUAUACGCCAAACGCGGGAGUCGAGUGAUGCUUAAUGAAGCCCUUGUCGCCCACCAUGUUUCCCUACACAUGACAAUCCCGGUCCCAGCUGUACUUGAUGUUCUUUCGGACGCAGAAGUUCUUGUUCCUCCUGGUGACGUGUCUCCCCGGUCGGCAGGUCCUCCAAAUGCCGCGCUGUCUCGAUGAAUACAGCGACGUGGAGAUGGACGUCUUUGUGACCACAGUGGGCAGGUGGUUGGAACAAUUGCGUGCAAUGGGACCGUCACCCUACACGGCCGCGUCGUCCACACCUGGAAAUCAGGUGAACGGAGGAACAGCCGCAAUUUACCUGCUGGGAGCAGUUUCCUAGGUAAUCCGGGC